GUCAGAAGGCGUUUCCUGGCCGGCCCGGUGACGUCAGUGACCGGAGCCAGUCGCGUCGCUGAGCUCCGUUUCCUUCUUCCUGGAUCAGCUCGCCUUCACCAACCCGCCGCUCCGACUCCGACAUGUCCCACCAGACGGGAAUUCAAGCUUCCAGGGAGGUGAAAGACAUAUUUGCCAGUGCCAGGAAUGGAGAUUUCAGAGUUCUGAAGAUUGUGAUUGAAGAUGAACAGCUAGUACUGGGUGACACCAGGAAAGCAUCACGGGGUUGGGAGGAAGACUAUAACACUCUUGUUCUUCCUCUCCUGGAGAACGACCUGCCAUGCUACAUCUUAUACAGACUGGACUCCACCAAUAGCCUUGGACAUGAGUGGGUGUUCAUUGCCUGGUCUCCAGACCACUCUCCGGUUCGGCACAAAAUGCUUUACGCUGCUACCAGAGCUACCGUGAAGAAGGAGUUUGGAGGCGGCCUAAUUAAGGAUGAGGUUUUUGGCACUGUGAAGGAUGAUGUUUCUCUUAAUGGAUACAAGAAGCACCUCUGCUCACAGUCGGCUCCUGUUCCUCUCACUGCUGCUGAAGAGGAACUGCGACAGAUCAAACUUAGUGAGGUGAAAACUGACAUUAGUGUGGACACCAAGCAGCAGACCCUGCAGGGUGUAGCCUUCCCUUUACAUGGAGAUGCCAUGGAAGCACUGGAGAAGUUCAGGGAUAAGAAAUUUAACUAUGUCCAACUGAAAAUAGACUUUGACAAGGAGCUCAUCAUGCUGUCGAACACUGACCUGACAGAAGUGAGAGAUUUACCCAAGAGGAUUCCUAAAGAUGCUGCACGCUACCACUUCUUCCUCUACAAGCAUUCACAUGAGGGAGACCAACUGCAGUCUAUAGUGUUUAUCUACUCGAUGCCUGGCUACAAUUGCAGUAUUAAGGAGAGGAUGCUUUACUCCAGCUGUAAGAGUCCCCUCAUAGACAUGGUGGAGAACAAACUGCAGAUGGAGAUAGAGAAAAAGUUAGAAAUUGAUAAUGGUGAUGACCUGACCGCAGACUUCCUCUAUGAAGAGGUCCACCCAAAACAGCAUGCGCACAAGCAGGCCUUCGCCAAGCCCAAAGGUCCUGCUGGAAGACGAGGGGAUCGCAGGGUCACCCGACAGCGUGGGGACGGGGAGGACGCUGAUGAUUAAAUGCACAUCUGAGUAAAAGCCUCUCACCUCUUCAAGCUUCAGUGAAACAUUCCAGAGGAUGAAAGUCAAGCUUGUUUCACACAAAGCUCUCUGUCUUUAUUAAAUAUAUAAACACAUUUCCCCCAAUUCAACACAAAGCCACAAAGACGGCUGCCUCAACAUGAACUAUGCACACAAUGAUGGUUCAACCUCUGUAGCCUCACUUGUGAUAUUUGAUAGAAAAGUAUUAUGUAAGAGUGUUUGUUUGCUCGUGGUUGGGAUUAGGUCAGGAAUCUGAUGUGUAGAUUCAUUAAGCUUACGUGCCAUAGAUUAAAGAACAAUUUAAACUAUUUUAAAUUAAGAAUUACACUUAAAACUCUGAAACCCCAGCAUAAACACUGUUGGAAGUGUUUUUCCAUUCUAGAAACGAGCUGUUUACUCAGAUGGAUGACACACUUUGACAUUAACUCAUGAGAAAUAAUCAUGAAUUUGCUUUGUGCAAAGGUCAGUAAGUGCAGUAUGAGUUGUUACAUUGUUAGAUGGUUACUAUUUUAGCAUGAAAGUGAAAGUUCUUAAAUGUGAACAAGAACAAAGAGACCUCCAUCAAACCCUAUUCCUUUAUUUUUCCAUUCCAGCUUUAGUGUCAUGUAUUUUUGUAUUUUUACACAAAGCCUAUGUUCCAGACAUCUUAAAACAAACACAGGUUAGUAGGUUACACUUACUGUGGACUGUGUUUGGUCACUGAUAUUUUAACCUUUAACGUUGCUUUUUAUAACACAAUAAAAGUCCCAUUUUUGAUACGAUUGUCACGUUCAUGUUGCCAUAUGCCAAGAAACAUAUUUUCCUAUGCAAUUAAUGUAUAUAUUGAUUCAACUGAUGAUUUGUUAUCUGAUUUUUGUCUUGUUCUGAUUGAUUAUCUGUGUUGUCUGUAGCCAAAACAUAGGUUGUAUUUGGGAAGCCACAGCCAGGGUUGGGGGUCAGAUUCAGUGAAAUUAAUUAGGUUAAUUGAGGAGUAUUCAAGUAUUUUGACCCAGUAAUGAGUAAUGUGUUCUGUGCUGUGAAGUGCUGGGUCUGCAAUUUAACACUUAUGUGAAAUUAGAUUUGGCAGCUUUAAGUUAUGGAAUAUAUUGUUUUUACUGCUAGUUCAAGUCAAAUGAAUUUGAAAUAAAUGAACCCCGAGUCUGGUGUCCAUUAUAGAUCCACAUCACUGAAAAACUGCAAUAGCUACUGUGGCUUUUUUUUUUUUUUUUUAAGAAAGCACUGGCAUGUGCUCUGCACACUGUAGCACAAGGUAUCAGAAGACAUAAUAGUGCAACACAAUAAAAGCCACCAUGGGCACCUGGAUCUACUGAAAAUGUGAGGCAAUCCACUGUACAAGGCGAUGCUUUUCCCCUGUAAAGGGACUUCUAUAGUGUUUUAUGUCUCAUGUCUGGUGGUCUUGAGAAUGCUUUCCUCUGUAAAAUGUUUUUUAAAAGACGAAUAAAAUAUUUAAAUCAA